AUUGAAGGAGCCUCCUGGCCUUUUUUUCUUGGUUUGACAACACUCGGUAUUUGCCUGCAAAUCCUAUUCAGUAACCUAUCGGGUAUCCAUCUCUUUGUGAUUCUUCCUUCCCCUAAGGGGAGGUAUUCAAUAUUUUUGCGCGCACUUGGCAGCUUUUUAACCGGAGACCCCAAGCACUCCAGCAUCGCUCAUUUUCAUCUUUACCGCAAAGCCCUCCCUCUCCUCAUGCUCCAAAGAGCAGGUUAUCAUUAGGCGACCGUCCCCGUUUAAUCUCAGCAGAUUUUGACAGACUAAGAAUGGCUUUCAGCUUUGGGGCGUCCAACCCCGCUGGCGGCAAUGUUCCAGCGGAACUGGGUCCUGAGCUCCCAGAUGUCUAUGCUGAGGAAGUUGGCUUCAAAGGCGUCUCGAGCGACUGCAACGUCCGAUUACUUCCUACCCCUUGGCCUGAAAAUGCCCUGCCAGCUCCGUCCUCUUCACUUCUAGCUGUCGCACCGACAAAAGGCGUAGUGGUCGGCGCUGGUCCCGACUCCUUGGUAAUCGCCUCCUCCGAUGCAGUCAGAAAAGCUAUAUCCGCUCCUACCGACGACAAGGCCAAAACAAAACCCUUUGAACCGCAAGCUACGAUACCCCUUCCUGCACGACCCACGCAUGUAGCCUUCACUUCAGGUGAUGAUGCUCUAAUACUAGCCACAGAGAAUGGUCCUCAGCUUUUGGUUUACGAGACUGCGAGUUUGUCAACGGGAAAUGCGCAACCGGCCCUGUCCAUCCCAACGAAUGGCGCCACUUUUCGAUCCCUUGCCCCAAACCCAGCACCGCCAUCGGACGAGGCGCAUUCGUCUCUUGUCGCUCUUGUCACAACCAAUGGAGAGCUUCUAGUUGCCAAUCUCAAGGCUGGGGCCCUGGUUCCGGGACCGAAUGGCAAUGUUUUGAAGAGUGGAGUGAGCUCUGUCUGCUGGAGUAACAGAGGAAAACAACUCGUCGCCGGACUUGCAGAUGGAGCGGGGUACCAAAUGACCCCAGAUGGCACCCAGAAGGAUUUGAUUCCACGCCCAUCCGACCUUGAGGGAAACUGCCAUGUGUCAUCUAUUGCUUGGUUAGAGAAUGACAUCUUUCUAAUGGUGUACACGCCAAACGGCGCUGAAGAUGAAACAGGUCAAACGCCGUCGUCAUCUUACUACAUUAUUACAAGAAGGAAACAAGCGCCGUUUUUGAUCCAGAAGCUGCCGGAGCUGUGUUUACCUUUCGGAAUGAAACGCUCCCCGGCAUAUCAAUUCAUGGCACGUCUUAGAGACUACAAGCCACACCUAAAAGAUGUACUAAUUAUAUCUUCUACGGGAUCGAGCGAUGUUGGCCUUGUGACGAGGUCGGAGCAGCCAUUGGCAAGUGAUGAUGCAGCCAAAGCCACCACAGGUUUAUUCACCAUGACUGAAGUCAAUGAUGACACGAAGAGGGCAUCUCUCCCACUCACAGAUUCUAGCAACGAUACUUCAGUCAUUGGUCUGGGAAUCGACCUGAGCAGCACAGAAAUCGUUGUAUCCCCCAUUGUGGGUGAAGAUAUCUCUGAGAGUUCCACCCCCUUGCCGAACAUCUUGCUUCUAAACAACGAAGGUAUCCUCUGCUCGUGGUGGUUUAUAUACUCCGAAUCCAUCCGUCAAAAAUUGCCUUAUCACGGUUUGGCCUCAGUAGUCCAGCAGCAGGCGCAGCUGCAACCGCCAACAAAGACUGGGUUUGGGCAGUCGGCUUUUGGCAGUCCAUCUUCAAUGGGAGUACCGUCUCCGUUUGGCAAACCCUCUGUCGGACCAUCAUUUGGCAGUCCCUCGACAUUAGGAAGCCGCGCGCAACCUGCAUUUGGAGCGCCUUCAUUUGGGGCCCCCUCUCAGAUAGGAUCUCAAACAGGGCCUUCUUUCGGCACUCCAAGUGCAAUUAGCAGUGGAUCACCCCAGUUUGGCAAAAGUAGUUUCGGGUCGAUGGGCACCUCAUCGGCCUUCGGACAACCAUCAACACCUGGGAAGGGAUUUGGUGCAUUCUCGCUCGGAACUUCAGGCGCUACCUCGGGAAGUGGCUUCGGCUCAUUUGCUAACAACAGUGGCUCGGGAGGGUUUGCUAGUUUUGCAGCAUCAAAGCCGGCUGGAGAAUCGCCCUUUGGAAAGCCUACCGGAGAAAGCCCGUUCUCGAAGCCUUCCGGACCAUCGGUCUUUGGCAGCCAGGCUGAUACAAGCACAGCUUUCACUUCCCAGAAGUCAGAUCAGCCAAAGAACCCAUUCGGUCUUGGUUCGGGUGGGUUCAAGCUAGAGUCGACAUUCAAAGGCGACGGUACUGCUGUCAACGAUGGUCCAAAGCCGGAAAAACCUUCUGGUGGAGCAUUCUCGUUUGGUGGAUCGUUCGACGAGAUGGUCUCUACGCCUACUAAAGCUAGUCCCCCCACGGAGUCUAUGGACGAUAUGCAGGAUGAGCUUGCUACCGCGCAGCAGGAGAAACCGGAGCCUAGUCAACCAGCCCCCUCAUUGUUUGGUGCGCCGUCCAAACUUAACACACUUAACACACCUACGCCUUCGUCUCUCUUCGGUGUUCCUACACAACCUCAACAGCCCUUUGGUGCACCUCAGACGAACAAAUCUCCGUUUUCGUUCCUCGCAACUGCCGACAAGCAAGCAUCAAGCCCUCUGUCCCCACCGUCAGAAAAGACGCCUGUUGCUAGCCCAACCCCGAAGGAGGAAGAACUUACUGAUAGCCAAGAAACUCCUGUUGCGUCUGUAGAGCCACCACUGCCUCCUGACCCAACAAGUAAAGCUUCCUACGGGCCUGGUGACACUUCUGCGUCCUCCAAUGUUUCUAAGAGUUCCACUGACGAUGCACCUCUUCCUCCUGACUUCACCACUCAACCGAAAUCUAUCCCAAAGGAAGAUAGAGGGGAGCCGCCGCUGCCACCCGACUUUGCGUCAAAACCCAAGAAAGAGGAGCCUCAGGAGCCUCAGGAGUCUAAACCAGAAGAAGCACCGCUUCCUUCAGAUUUCACUGCAUCAAAGCCAACGCCCACUCCCGCAGAUGUGCCAUGCCCCGUGCCCGAUGGCUCAGAUGCAGACGAAUCCGAUAAGGAAGGGAGCGACGAGGGAGAUGAGUCUGACUUUGCUGAUAGUGGAGAGGACAUUGCAGAUGAAGCCGAGCAACAGGAGGAAGCAUCUGAGGCGGAAAGCCUGGAGGUAUCGCCAGAAAGUUCGUUUGGGGCUAGAUUUUCAGGCAAGAGUUCAGCCGGCGGGUUGUUCGCGGGAGUAUCCCAACCUAGUCAAGCUCAGAAGCAACAGCCACGACAAUUGUUCGGGGAAAUCACGAAGCCCUUAUUACCACCGGCGCCUUCAGCAAAUCGCGAAUAUACUAGGUCGCCUAGUCCAGUACGAAAUGGCCCUCCGAAGAGUCUUUUCAAGCCACAUGCUCCAGGCAGCACGCUUGCUGCGCGUAAAGCCUCUCUCAGUGAUUUCGCAAAACGCGAAAACCUGCUCAGGCCGUCAUCGGCACAGGCAAAUCAGGAAGAACGAGCUGAACGGAAGAUUCAAGCGCAGCGACAACAGGAGGAGGCUUUAUCACUUUCCGACGAUGAUGACGAAAGGCUUCGUGCUGACCUGGCUCGGCCCGUAGAACCUGUUCCUACCCUUGAUCCGUUUCUCCCUCAUCAGGACUACACUGGCCAGACGAGCAAGCCAGGUAUCCCGGGUCAGAUUGAAAGGCUAUACCGUGACAUCAAUUCUAUGGUAGAUACAUUGGGCAUUAAUGCACGGUCCUUAUCCGCCUUCCUUUUGUACCAACAAUCAUCCAGUAAUUCGGACUGGGUCAAUAUGUUGCAGGGUGAUCAUCCUGUGGAUAUUCUAGAUGAGAAGCUACGUCUAUCUGAAAUCGAGCAACUUGAUGAUGCCCUUGUCAUGCUUGCUGGCGAGCUCGAGAAGCAACGGGUGCAAGGGGUGGAGAAGAAGCUUGAGGACUGUCAAGAGUUAUUAAGCAAGGAUAUACUGACGCUUCGGGGCCAAUGUGCUAGUAUUCGUAAGACCCUAGAUGCUCACAUUGAUUCCGCGGCGAUUGUUUCUGCACCGCUGUCAUCGGAACAAGCAAAUCUUCAACAAGAGCUAAGGACAGCAUCUGCCAAUAUCCAGGCAAGAUUAGCAGACUUGGAGUCUGCUGUCUCGCUCCUACGGGCAAAGAUUGCGGAAGCCCCUCGCUCUGACAGCGCUUCGCGACAGACCGUCAAACGGCCAACAGUCGAGGCCGUCACAUCAACCAUAUCCACCAUGAUGAACAUGGCUGAAAGCAAGAGCAGCGAUAUUGAUUUCCUGGAGGUGCAGCUGAAGAAGUUGGGUAUUGACACGACCACGUCCCCCGCGAGCCGGGAGGGGUCACCAUUUACAACUCCAAGGAAGUCUGUAGGAAGAUUCCCUACGACACCAGGGUCACGAGGCUCUGUUGAUGGCGCCGUCAGUGCGUACCAUACGCCAGAUUCUGCAGCUCGCUUCCGGUCUAGCAUCAACGGGUCAGCUAGAGCAAGCCGGCUUCGAAGCGUGGAACGCGUUGGUGAUCUUGUCAGCAAAGAAGAAAGUACGCAAUGGCGGGCCAAGAUGCAGCGCAGACAGCAUAUUGUUGAGAAUUUGAAGAAGGCGAUCGGCGAAAAGAAGUCGAAGGUUAGGAGUGUCGAUGAUCUGUAGAAGUACUUGUUUGAUUUCUGUCUCCGAAUCAUGAUAUGAACCAUCCAAAAAUAGCGGGACAUGGCGUGUGUGUGAGGACAAUUGCUAUUUUCUCUGUACAUAGCAUAGCUGCUGUUUGAUUGGCAUACCUGGAUACUGAUCCGUUAAUGAUGUGAUACUUUUAUACAUAAGCUCAAAUUAACUGCUAUUAGAUUGAUUCUUGUAUCCACGGGUGGGGGGGGGCCUUGCUGACUGAGGC